GCUGCACAAGAUCGAAGAGCAGAGCAGCAGGCUGAGGUUGGGUCGAGGAAGAAGAGACGACGAUGGUGGACGUGGUGAACGGCGUGUUCAACUGGGUGGCGACGCCGGCCAUGGUCGGCAGCCUGCUGCUCUUCUACCCGCCCUACUACCUCUUCAGGACCGUCUACUCCUUCCUCUCCUACCUCUUCCCGGAGGACCUCACGCGCAAGGUCGUGCUCAUCACCGGCGCCUCGUCCGGUAUCGGCGAGCAAUUAGCAUACCAGUAUGCACUGAAGCGGGCAUCAUUGGUUCUUGUUGCAAGAAGGGAAUGGAGCCUCCGGAAAGUCGCUGAUCAAGCUUUCGAGCUUGGAGCACCUGACGUGAUCAUUCUUCCAGGCGACGUUGCGAAUCCUGAAGACUGCAAAAGAUUUGUCCAGGCAGCAAUCGAUCACUACGGGCGACUGGACCAUCUUGUAUGCAAUGCUGGCAUCGCAAGUGUUGGUGCUUUUCAGGAGAUUCCAGAUGUUACUAACUACAGAUCUCAACUAGAUGUGAACUUCUGGGGUUCAGUGCAGUCAACUUUUGCCGCUCUCCCUCAUCUUAAAAGGAGCCGGGGAAGAAUCGUUGUUACUGCAUCAGCAACCGGAUGGAAUCCUGUUCCACGGAUGAUCUUCUACAAUGCUGCCAAUGCUGCACUCAUAAACUUCUACGAGACGCUGCGGACGGAGCUCGGUAGCCAAGUGGGCAUCACAAUAGUGACACCUGGGUGGAUCGAGUCGGAGAUGUCGAAAGGGAAGUUUCUCAAGGAUCAUGGUGAAAUGGAGGUUGACCAAGAAAUGCGAGAUGCUCAAAUUGGUUUAUUUCCAGUGGAGUAUGCGAAGAACUGCGCAAAAGCCAUGGUGCAAGCAGCUCGGCAGGGCGAGCGCUAUCUCACGCUGCCGUCAUGGUUCAGCACAAUGUACCUGUGGAGGGUAUUCGCGCCGGAGAUCGUCGAGUUCUGCUACCGCCUCUUGUACAUGCACCGCCAUGGCGGCAACCAAGCCGACGCACCGAGCAAGAAGAUGGCUGAGGCUGGUGCAAAGCAGCUCUUGUAUCCGACAUCGCUGCGCUCUGCAGAGAUCAAGGACGACUGAAUGCCCCGUGCUUCUGAGCAUCAGCAUCGGUACAUUGCUCUGAACGAGAACUCCUCUGCAGGUCUGAACCUUCCAUCAAAAUGGAUCAUAUAGACCAAUCUCUGUAUGAACUGUGGCUGUGAACAUCAAAAUAAGUUCUGUGCUAGUCUGAAAGUUUGAAUAAGUUCUGUGCU